UUUGUCUCAGUAGUGGUUCAGUGAAAGAUUGUUGCUGGCGGUGGUUGUAUAUUUAAACAGGCCGCGGUAGCUAUUUUACAUGUAUUAGGUAAGAACUAAGUGACAUGGCGGAUUGAUCGCGACGGUGCGCUUCGUGUUUUCCUUUUAGAGAGAACGGCACGGGGUUUGGGGGGAAACGGAGAGGCGACGCGCUGCGAGCUUGUAGCCGGUCUGAAGGCGCUCUCUCUCGGGGGCAGCAGCAAUAACACCAGGAAAAGUCAGAACUUUGCAGCUGAGAUUCGUUCGUUUGUUUUGCUUUCAUUACAGUUUCUUUAAUGCGCCUGUCUUGUAAUAUUUACUGCGUACACAACCACAGACGGCUGUUCGGCGUUUAGGCGUCUCACGUUUUCUCAUGAAUAGGAUGUUAUCAAGCCCAGCGGGUUCGGCACUGAGCGGAAACGGAUCAGCGGGCGCGACUGGGGCGGCUCACGGCUCUGUGGUGCUCGGCGGCGGGCUGCGUACUGGGCUCGCCCGGGCCGGACAGGCAGUGAAUACAGCAGGCUCUUUCCCGGGUGCUGCAGGACGUGUGGGGGAGAGCGUUGGGAUGCUUGGAGGUAGCGGGCCUGGGGUCUCUUCCAGACCGGGUGUCAGACCCGGGAACGGCAGCGGGCUGAGCUCACUUCAGGCCGCCGCUCAGCCCGGUGUUGGGGGACUCGGUGCGAUGUCCGCCAGGUUUGACAGGGACAAAGAAGUCGGCAUACCUCAGGUGUGCAGCGCUUCGGACGCGGACUCCGAAUCGGGGGAUGAGGACGAACCGACUGGUUCUUCGGGGAGCAGCAGACGGGGAGUGAAGCGGGAGAGAGCCGAGAUGGAAGGCGCCGGAAUCGGCCAGGAGGCCGGAGCUCCACCGGUGGGUUACGGGGUGCUGAGUGGCGGAGUCGCCGGAGCAAAGCCGGGCAAAAAAACACGCGGGCGAGUGAAGAUUAAGAUGGAGUUCAUAGACAACAAGCUGCGGCGGUACACGACUUUCAGCAAGAGGAAGACCGGUAUUAUGAAAAAGGCAUAUGAGCUCUCCACACUAACAGGCACUCAGGUGCUGCUCCUAGUGGCGAGUGAAACGGGCCACGUGUACACGUUCGCCACGCGCAAGCUUCAACCCAUGAUUACCAGUGAGACGGGCAAAGCUCUGAUCCAAACAUGUCUGAACUCUCCAGACUCUCCUCCACGCUCAGACCCAUCCACAGACCAGCGCAUGAGUGCCACAGGCUUUGAGGAGACAGACCUCACCUAUCAGGUGUCUGAAUCUGAGAGCCUCGGAGAAACCAAGGACACUCUGAAGCCAGCCUUCACUGUGGCCAGCCUGCCAGGUAGCACCAGUGCCCAGGCCACAGUGCCCACCACCUCCACCACCAUGCAGGUGAGCAGCAGCCCCUCCUUCCCAAUCACCAACUACCUGGCACCCGUGUCUGGCAGUGGCGGGAGCACCACAGCCAACACUAACGGCACUGUUCUGAAGAGCGCAGCGGCCACUGGAGGGGUCAUGCAGCUCCCUGGAGGCUUCACUUUCAUGUCAGCAGGCACUCCUUUCCCUCCUGGGACUCCGACCAUCCCGUUGGGGCAGCUGCAGCAACACUCUCUGGCUCUACAGGGGCAACAGGGUCAGACUCUAACGACUGCCACUGUUACAGCUUCACAGACCCCACAGGGCCAACAAGCUGUGUUUCGUCUCCCCGCUGCUGUCUCUCUCACAGGUGGAACGGUGCCCCAGCAGCUCCAGGCCAUCCAGGUGCAGCCCAGCACUCAGUCCAGCUCCAUCAACACUGAUAGCAGUAGCCCUGAGAUCUCCCAAACUAGCACCGCCUCCACAGCCACAGUCAGUCUCCCUGCUACUAUCAUCACAUCAUCAGUGCCCACUUCUGUAGCAGGUCACAUGAUGUACCCAAGCCCCCAUGCAGUGAUGUACGCCUCGGCCCCCACGUUGACCGACGGUGGUCUGGCUGUGCUCAACGCCUUCUCCCAGGGCACCUCGGCCAUGCAGGUGUCCCAUGCACAGGCCUCAGAUACAGGUGCUGUUCCUCAGGUGUUCCUCACAGCACCCCCUGGCACGGUGCAGAUCCCCGUUUCAGCGGUGCAGAUACAUCCAGUACGGCAAGAUCUCCACUUUACAAAUGGUGAUUGGCCAGCAGUCCAGCGGCAGUAACAGUAACCUGACUGAGCUUCAGGUGGUCAAUCUGGACGCAACUCAGAGCAGCAAGAAUGAUUGACAGGCACCGCUGACGGAAGGCUCAGCAGAGACUUACAUCACUAUUUAUUGAUGCCUUGUUCCAUUUCGAAGCAUUUCAUCCCAUUUACGCCAUCCAAGUGUGUGACUCUACAGUUUAUACUGUAACCGUGCGUCCUGACCUCACAAGGACACUGACGAAUUGAGAGAAAGUAAGUCUUCUCGGUUCUGAUGUGUGUGUUGAAAUUUCUAGGACUGUAAUUCUGACAUGCGUUUUUUGCAUGUUAUUUGUACGUGUGUGAAUGUAUGAGCUUUAGAUUCAUCAAAGGGAAAUGAAACAGUGUUACCCAACUGUUGCACACACUGCAGCCUCUCACUUUGGCCAAAGAUGAAUUAUUUUGUCAGUAUUUGUGUGGAUCUAUAUAUUUGUGUGUUUUUUGUGUGCUUGAAUAGAAGAAAAGGUGUGAACUCUAUCUGGGGAAAUGCGAUCCCAACUAAGAAUGGAUACUGAAAGGUGGUGGCUUUGAAGAAAAUUGGAACUGUACAUAUUUUUUUAUUUUAUUACUUUAGCGAUAGUGCAAUGGCAUGUGCUGUUUGUGUGUUUUUUUUUGUUUUUUUUUUUGUUUUGUUUUGUAUUUUACUUAUACAAAAAUAUUUACCAAUUGUAAAUUUAUGUAAUAUACAUAUAUAUUUUAUUGAUUAUAUGAUAAUGGAGAAAGAGUGAAUUUUUUCGUCAAGAUUGUUUGUACAAAAAAAAACUCGUGAUUUCAAAACUUUUACUGUAUUCUGUAGGCAGAAUCUGUACUGCAUUGGCCAACUGUCUCUGUGCUUUAGUACUGUUACUGAAGACUGUAGCAGACCAGCUGAAAACACUGCACUCUACUAGUUUUCAGUACCUUGCAUAAAUAUUCACCCGCUCCUUGGACUUUUCCACACUUUGUAUUUUUUCAGCCUGGAACUGAAAUGGAUAUAAUUGCGCUUUGAUGUCAUGAAGCUACACAAGAUAAUCACUAAGUAAUGUCCGCCUUACCAGUUUGCUGACAUGUAGAUCAUAGUCAUAAUGAAAUUACCCCCAAUUUGGUCAUUUGCCAAUUUAUCACCUAUCAGCUUGCUCUUUUCUACCACACAGCAGGAGGUAAUUAAAAUAAAGCAAAUGAAAAAUGUGAAGCCUGCCAUUGAUGCUUUUAAUACUACUCUCCAUUCAGUGUCGCAUUAUAACAUGGUUUAACACAUUUGUGCGGAGGGGAGCACUAACUGCCCUCAUGUGCAUACGCAGCUGAUCAGAUAGACGGUUGAGGAGGAGAGGAAGCAAAAAAUGUAAUGGCUUUUUUUUUUUUUUUUUUUUUGGAUAACCACUAAUUAUGUUUUUUGUUCCUGGUUGUAACAGUAAAAAAAAAGAAAAAUAAAUAAAUUGGAAAAAAAUAUUCAAAGUGGGUAGGAGGUUUGAAUACUUUUGCAAGGCACUGUAAGUGUUAUUCACACUCAGAACUGAGUCAGUGAGAUUUAUAUAGAGGAUAUGAAAUGGGAAUGUCAUGAUGUUCUCUGAUGUUUGAACCUUAUUGGAAAAGGUACAAUAUACUUUGUAUACAUUAACACUAAAGCCUUUUGAAAAUUCACAUCAAACUGUUAUGCAGUUUAUCAGAGCUUCAGGUGACUCGAAUAACCAUGUAAUGAGAGCAACCUGAACUCUUUAUUCUGAAGCCACUGUUUGUGCUUAAGGGCUUGGUUGACUGUUAAUCUGUCUAAAAACUUGUUCACAAUGCAAGCGGAUUUCUCUGUUAUUUUAACCAGCUACAAUCAUGGUAAAAACCUGCUGAAAUCACAGCUUCAGUUUUUUGUGCUCUGUCCCAGUUUUGUCAGCCACUGGUUCUGAACCAGGCCUCAAUAUGUGGGAACGUUUGGACUGGUUCAGUAUAUUUUUAGUUUUUUUUUUUUCUCCCCUAUUCCUGUUUUUAACACACUGAUUUCUCCUUUUACCAAAAGACAAAGUAUGAUCAUGCUGCAGCUCACACACUUUGCCCUUAUGCCUUUUUGUAGAAAUGCUGUAUUUUGGAAUUGUAUUGUACAUGUUUAUUUAUAUCUGCCUUUUUGUGGGAAUGGCUUUCUGUUCUUGGUUGAUGCAGCUUUCACAGUUUUGUUAAUCAGUGCCCAGUUUAGCAUUCGGUGGCAUGGAGUUGUGCAAGGUUCUCUUCAAGCCAAACACUGUUUCUCCUUCACUCUGUUUUCUCCUUUUAGAAAAUGUGAAAUCGGUCACUGAAACCUUUUUGUUUGAUGCAUUUUUAGAUGUUUGUUUUAUAGUUCUGAAGUGGUGUGAGAAACCAAAUGAACACUGGUUCCUUUAUUGUUAGAAUUUUAAGGUUGUUGCUUGCUUUUCCAUUUAUUGUUAUUUUUCUUCUUUUUUGGGGGAAUCUUCAUGUAACAGUAAGUGUACAGAAAAUUUUGUAAUAAAAAAAAGUCUAUUGA